CCCGCGGGCCGGCCCCCUGCCCCGCUUCUGCUGCCUGCGCGGGGCCGCAAGACUCGCCACGACCCACCAGCCAAAUCCAAGAUCGGGCGCGUGGCGACCCCAUCUGCGGUGGAUCCUGCGGAGCUCUUCGUGGUGACGGAGCGUUACCGGCAUUACCGCCAGACAAUGCACGCCCUCAGGAUGGAGUUCGUGUUCGAGGUGCGUAAGAAGGUGUAUGAGGCCCGGUCCGGGGUCCUGGUAGAGCGCAAGGCGCAGGAGGAAGCCGCGAAGCACCGCGAGCUGAUGGCCUGGAACGAGGAGGAGAACCGGCGGCUGCACGAGCUGCGGUGAGUCGGGUCGGGACGCGAGGCGGGGCG